AUGGCCUCCUCCCCCGCCCCCAACCCAAACCACAUCGCCCACACCCUUCUCUCCCGCGCCCACUCCCCCGAAACCGCCGCGCAACACUUCACCGAGCGCAUCAAACAAAAACCGCUCUUCCUUCGCCCGACCUCACCCUCAGCCUCCGACAACCGCUCCCGCCGGCGCCAGCACCGCCUCCGCAAGAAAGAAUACUUCCUCCGCCACCAGCGGCCGCGGCCGCUCUCCGCGCGCGAGAAGCGCGCCUCGGGCCUAUACGAUCUGCCGCGCGAAGAGUGCAAGUACGCCAUCUUCCAGGGCCUGCAUGCUAUGUGGAUCGCGUACAUGCAGGAGAUCCUUGAUUUGCAGGAUGGCAAGAACGUGGCGGUCAUGCCGCAGGCUCAUGGGAGUAAGCUUGUCAGCGCGGAUUACCAUGGUGCUCUUAUUGAGGUUGUACGGAGUCGGUGUGCGGGGCGGGUUGGGACGAGGGGGAUUGUUGUGCGGGAUACUAAGUUUACUUUCGUUGUUGUGACUGAGAAGGACGAGGUGAAGACUAUCCCCAAGGAGCAGACUAUCUUCCGUUUCACGGUGCCGCUACCGGAGCCGACGGGUUCUGCUGCAGAUACCGCAACACAGGAACAACAGGCAGAGCCGGAUACCCCGAAACCGUUGGUCUUCGAGCUGCACGGCAGCCAGUUUGAGAAUCGGCCGGCGGACCGCGCCAACAAGAAGUUCAAGUGGAGAAAUGUCGACUAUCUUUGA